AUGGAUUAAUAAGCAAGGAGGAUUAAUACUUCCCUUUCUAUGAGUAAUGCAACAUCAGUUUAUACUUUGCGAAAUUAUGUGUUAAAAAAAUUUAAGUAACUGCUAAACAAUCUAAGUCAUGGUAAAAUUUUGAAAAAUGAGGUGAGUAAUUUAGAUUUGGAGCCUUGUAUUUAAUUAAGAGGUGGUGGUUGUUGUGGAACGAAACAAAUUCAUUCUGAUAUAAUAUAAGGCAAUUAAAAUUUUGAAGAAAAUUUUGCAUCCAAAUUAUAAACUUAUACUAAUAUCAUUAUUGAAAAAUCGUUGAGCUUUCAAGAUAAGAUGAAUCAAGAGGAAAUCAUGACUGCAUUUUAAUGGUUUCACAACCACAAAGAGUAAUUUAAUAUUAUUUGUAAAGAUGAUGCUUUAAACUCAUAAUUUUAUGAACUUAUAGAAAGGAUUGUAGAAUAAUUAAUGAAAUAACUUAUAAUUUAUUUAAAACUCUCUGGGUUCCUAUUCUAUUUGUUACUCUAAAUUUGUAAUGAUUUAUUUAGAAUAAUAUUUUCAUAUUAAUCAAAGAAUGGAGAAAGGUACAUGUAAGAGGAGUUACAUAAGAGAUUUUUAGAAUAUAUUUAAGAAAUCGAGUCUUAAAUCUAAGUAGAAGCGAUUAAUAUUUGGCUUAAUGGAGUAGAUUUUGAGCUCAAGAUGAUUAAGACUUGUAUUGCUCAUUGUAGGACAAACUCUGAAAAAGGGAAGGAAUUAGCCAUAUCUAUUAUGUCUGGAUUGAUCUCAUCGCUAUCUUAAUUAAAACCCAGUGAAGAGUUGAUUGACUCUCUUAUAGAAGGAGGUAAGUUUUUACUUUUGAAUUUCUAUAAUAAACAAAUCCAAAAUCCUUUACAAAUUUACGAAAUAUAUUACUUUUUUGAAACUCUGAAAUGGUCAAUUGUAAAUUAAUUAAAAUGGGGCUAUUCAGUUUAGAAUAUCAUUAGGCAAAUUCAAGAUGGAUACCAAAAGUAUAUAAACAUUUCUAAGGAUUGGAUGAUACAUUAUUGUUGGGUCAACUUAAUAUCUGAUCUCAUGUGCUAUAGACCUAUCGUUUAAAAGUCUUAAUUAUCAUAAUUGAUGUAAACUGGAAUUCCUAAUCAAGAAAAUUGGAAUUAAUUAUUAAAUUAAAAUUAAAUAAUUUUACUACCUUAUAAUAAAUUUGCUGGUAAACUAAAAAUAUUUGGAAACCAAAAUUUUAAAGUUAAAAAGUUUGCACCUUUAAAACUAUUUUAGGAGUACUUGAUUUAGAAUUCAAGUGAGAUCCGAUUAUUGCGAGAUUACAUUAACUUUAAUUUCAAUAGCUAGGUAGAUCAAUAAUUAAAUGAAGAGGAUCUCUUUAUCUAAUAAUUAACAAAUCAAUCGAAUUUAGAAUUAAUAAAGGCUUUAAACAAUUAUUUAGGAUCUCAGAAAGACCAAUUAAUAAAUAAUUUCGAAUCUGUAAAAUAAUAAGUGCUUUAAUAUAAUUCUUAACUCAAAAAUAACAAAGUUAUAGAACUCAAAAUAAUCAAACAGGACAUCAGUUUUUUAAUGAAAUCAUUCAAACAAACCAGCACUUUAAUUCUAUGCUUACUCUAAGAGAUAAAUUUAUUGAUAAAUAAGGAACUCCAAAUCAAUUCAAUCUUCUAGACCUUUUUAGAAAGUUUUAAUUCAAUUAAUGCGGAAUAACUGAAUAAAAUAAAAAAAUAAACAUUAAUAUUAAUUUAAGAGAUUGAAAAUAAACAUAUAGCAGAGUUUAUAGGAAAUUUAGAUUAGGUUUCUGCAUUUUGGAUAUAUGUGUCUGAAUAUACGACAAUUUAACAUGAAGAAUUAUUUGAAGGGAACCUAGAAUAGGAUCAAUCACUUGAAAUGUAACUCAAUGAAACCAUUUAAGUAUUUGCUGCCUAUUGUCUAUGCAUAGAUAAAUUUCUGUUAUAAGUACCAACUGUUAAGAGAAACCUCUUGAAUAUUAUGAAAUAGCAAAACUACAAAGAUUUUUUGAAAACCCAAAUUUCUCAAAGGCAUAUAGCAGAAGAGAUAAUCAGGAUAUUGGAUUCUAAACUUAUAGUGAAAUUGGUUAAUAAAACUUAAGGAUAUUUCUAAAAGAUAGAAAAGAUGAAAUCAAAAAUUGAGGAAGUAUAAGAUAUUCGAAAAGUUCUCAAAAUGAUUUACAGCAACUUAAAUAUUCACAAGGGAAUAAAAAUGAUGCUUUGUGUCCACUAAAAAAAAUUAACUACAUUAUUCUCAUAAUUUUAAGGGAUUUUUUCAAAUAAAGGAAUUCAAGAAGCUGAUGGAGAGUAAUAGCAUUAAACAGAUAUCAAUGAAUAAAUUAGAACAUUAAUUAUUGACAAGAAAGAGAAGUUAUAAAUUUUAUUCAAUAAAUAUUAAAAUGCAGAAUUCACAAAGGAGCAACAAAAUGAUUUUAAUAAUCUAUCAUAUCAAAUUUAUAGGGAAAUAAAUGAUAUAAAAAAAUAGAAUUGGAAGGAGCAAAUAUAAGAACCUCUUAUAUUGUUGUUUUAGGAGGUAAGAAUUAAAUUAGAAAUAUUUGGUUUGGUUUAGAAGGAGAGAAAUAUGAUAUAAUAAGAAAUUUUAAAAUUGUUGGAUAACCAUCUUUAAGAAAUAAAUUAAGAAGAAAAAACAGAGGAAUUAUAAUCGUGUUCAAGGGAUCCUUAAUUACCUUCUUCUAGAUAAGAAUUGCUGAAAUUAAAUUUAGGAGAUUUGAUUGAGUGUGAAAAGUUCAUCAAAACAUUAGAAGGCUUAAUUAUGAAAUCUCAAAAGCUAAAGAAGAUAUUCAAAUCAAAUCUAAUUGAAGCUGCUUCUUACAAUUAAUCAACAAAUGCAUAGUUAUUUAAUAAAUUAAAAAGUAUAUAUACAUAAAGUUUAUAUCAAAUAAUAAGUGAUAUAUCACAAUAAACUCUAUAGUUUUGUCAGUAGAUAAAUAGGAAUGAAUAAAUGAUUUUUAGCGAGGAUUUUCUUGCAAAACUCCAAAAAUAACCUUAAAUUUAGCAAGUUCAUGUAAGGAUUUAAAUAUUAAAUUUUAAUACUCUUUGCAUUGAAGAUUAAGCUACAUAAAAUUAGGAUAGAAAAGUUGAUAUAAUCUCAACUAUCUUUACAGAGUUAAAAAAGAGUACUAAGACAAAUUAUGAAGUAGGUAUUUUUGAUAUGUUUUAAAAUUCUUCAUAUAAAGUUAGGGAAAUCCUUGUAUUUAAUUUGAUAAGGAUGUAAUCAAUAGUUCAAGAAGAAACAAUAUAAGAGUUUUGCGAAGAUUUAUUAAAAUAAAUUUGGAUAAUUGAACAACAUCCUAGUGUUAGAAGCUUACUGAAAAAUGAGGAAAUGAUUGUGAUGUAGAAGAAGUUGUUUUCAAAAGAUUUACAAAAUUUCUCAAUUAAGUUAAAAACAGAAAUGCAAAAUAGAUUCAAAUAAAUUGAACAACUUGAAACUCAAAUUCUUCUUAGCGAUAACUAAGAAGAAAUAAAGUUGUAGCUCCAACAAGAAUAUGAGAAUUUUGAAAUAUAUUUAGAUAAUAUUACGGAUAUGUCACAAAGAUUAGAUAUUAGUUUAAUCUUUUUAAGAGAAAUUAGUAAGGAUUUGAAAAACAUAAAAUCAUCAAUAGAUUAGGUAUUAACUAGCAUAAAAAGCGUGGAGGAUGAUAUAAGAAGAUUGAGAGGGAAGAACUUUAUGGAAUUACUGAGCAUGCGAAAAUAAAAGGUUUUAAAAUAAAAGCAAGAGAAUGAGCUUGAUUAAAUUCACAUUUAGGUUACAACUCAAGAUUAUGAUCCUAUUUCUGGUAAUAAAAAAACGAACAGUAAAGGGGAGUUCAUCACAUUCUUAAUAAAGAACUAAUAUGAUAAUUUUGAUGGGGAAGUGAAUGAAUUUUUAUGGAGUGACUAAGAAAAGCAAAAAGAUGUUAUGUUAAUAAAAGGGAAAGCAGGUUCAGGUAAGAGUAGAGCUGCACGUAACAUCGAAGAAUUUAUAUGGAUUUGCGAUUCAAUAAAACCAAAUUGGAUCCCUAUUUAUGUAUCUCUUCCUUCCUUAAAGGACCCUCAUCAUAAUUUGAUUAAUUAGGCACUUGAAUCUGAAAUUUACAAUUUUGACAAUAUACAAAUAAGAGAGUUCAAGGAUGCUGUCAUUAAUGGAAACUUAAAGAUUGUAUUGAUUCUUGAAAGCUAUGAUGAGAUGAAAUUUGAUUGCAUAGGAACUAAUCUUUAUCAUACAAAUAGACUGGUUUAAGAUCUUAGCCUUUAGGCACCGGGAUAAACAGUUAAAAUGAUUAUAACGACAAGAGAAGAAAUCUUGAAUUCAAUAGGAUAUUAAACUUGGUUUUAUGGUCAAAGCAUAGAAACACUUAAAGAAAUUGAGAUAUUGCCUUUUAGUUAGGAACAGAGUUCACAAUAUAUAAAAAUAUAUGCUGAAAUAAGUGUUAAGAGAACUAUUAAAAGAUUUUAUGAAUUUCUCAAAUAAUUAAAAGGGUAAUUAAUUUCAUUAGAUGAGUUUAAGUAGAUAUGGAGUUAAAUAGAGAGUACAAUUAAUUCAAUUAUAAUGUAGAAAUAAAAUUCUGAAGUGUUGUUUUAGACAUAGGAUGUGGAAAAAUUGAUAUUAAAGAUUUAAGCAGUUGAAUUUUUUAAUUUUAUCAAAUCAAAUUAGAUGGUAUCAUUAAAAAAGGAACUAUUGUAACUUUGGGGAGAGUAAAAAUUCUCUUAAGUAAUUAAUAACGUCAACAUCAAUCAUCUACUGACAACUCCAUUUAUGAUGGAAAUAAUAGUUUAUGUGUUACCUAAAAUGUCAUAAUUUUUCUCGCAAUCUAACUUAAUAAGAGAUUUGCUUAAGAAAAAUUUUAUGAUUUUGAAAAGAGAGGCCAAGAAAUCAGAGGUUGUGAUUGAAUAAUAUUAAAGAAGGGAAAUUUAGAAUUCAGAAGAUUUGAAUCAAUUGAAUGGGAAGAAGGAGAAAAAAAACUUAGAAUCGUAAAUACUGGAAUAAUUUAAUUUAAUUAUGGAAGACUUGGACAGUUAAAACUUUUUUGAGUAAUUUUCUAUAGCCAACUCUCUAGAAUAUAUCAAUAAUAAUACUAUCUUUUCAAGCAAGCUUUUUAAAGUGAGGUAUGAUGCAAAUUUUAUUGUUUCAGCUUUCAGGUUAAACCAAUUUACUGCUUUCGAUUUUUAUGAAAUAUUUGUUAACUUUUAUCAUAAUUAACAAUUACAAAAAUUGAAGGACUUGGGAAAAAAUAUAUAACUAGAGAGUGUUCUAUUGGACUUAUAAGAUUUUUCCACAUUUUUAGCUAUAAAUAUGUCUCAGAGAUAAUUGACUUAAGUGAAUUAUAAAUCAAAAGGGAAACUAAACAUUAAGUAAGCUGAGGAAGAAAGGAAGGUUGAGGUCUCUUGGGAAGACUCAUAUUUCAGUGAUAAUUAAGACGAUUUUGAGUACAAGUCUCUAUUACGCAAGUGUAUGUUGAUUAAUUCAAAGGGCAGCAUAUAUUCAUUCAAUCAUAAAUCCAUUUAAGAGUUUUUUGUUGCCAAAUACAUUUUCAACUUGAUUGAGAGACUCUUCAACAAUGAAUCACAAAGUGUGGAUCAAACUGUGUUAAAAAGCAGUAGUUUUAACAAGGAUUAAUUCAACCUAUCUUUGGAUCAUUACUCUGGAAUUUUGGAAAUAUUAAAACCUAAAUUGAAACAAAUCGGAGGGAUUAAACAGAAAUUAAUUCAGAUAAUCUAAUUGUCAAAGAUUGAAACUGAGAAAAAAUUUUUAAGGUCAGCUUCAAAUUCACUGUAUAUUAUAAGUUCAUUGAGGGAGCAUUUUGAUGGCAUCGAUUUUAGUAACAUCUAGAUAGAGGAUACUAAAUUGAAUGGCAUAAGUUUCUAUCAGUGUAAUUUAAACAAUACCUAAUUUAAUAAUGUUUCAAUUGAUUCGUGUAAUUUUAAUUGUGCAAAAAUAUAGAAUGCUGUUUGGGAAAAACUGAUUUGCAAAGAGAAACCCUCAUUAUCAGGUCACAACUCAAUGAUAACUUAGGUUGUGUUUAGUGAGGAUGGAACCACUUUAUCAUCAGGUAGUUAAGAUGGAACUCUUAAUAUCUGGUAGGUUUAUGCUGACGAAGNAAAAUCAGAGGUUGUGAUAGAAUAAUAUUAAAGAAGGGAAAUUUAGAAUUCAGAAGAUUUUAAUCAAAUGAAUGGGAAGAAGGAGAAAAAAAACUUAGAAUCGUAAAUACUGGAAUAAUUUAAUUUAAUUAUGGAAGACUUGGACAGUUAAAACUUUUUUGAGUAAUUUUCUAUAGCCAACUCUCUAAAAUAUAUCAAUAAUAAUACUAUCUUUUCAAGCAAGCUUUUUAAAGUAAAGUAUGAUGCAAAUUUUAUUGUUUCAGCUUUCAGGUUAAACCAAUUUACUGCUUUCGAUUUUUAUGAAAUAUUUGUUAACUUUUAUCAUAAUUAACAAUUACAAAAAUUGAAGGACUUGGGAAAAAAUAUAUAACUAGAGAGUGUCUAUUGGACUUAUAAGAUUUUUCCACAUUUUUAGCUAUAAAUAUGUCUCAGAGAUAAUUGACUUAAGUGAAUUAUAAAUCAAAAGGGAAACUAAACAUUAAGUAAGCUGAGGAAGAAAAGAAGGUUGAGGUCUCUUGGGAAGACUCAUAUUUCAGUGAUAAUUAAGACGAUUUUGAGUACAAGUCUCUAUUACGCAAGUGUAUGUUGAUUAAUUCAAAGGGCAGCAUAUAUUCAUUCAAUCAUAAAUCCAUUUAAGAGUUUUUUGUUGCCAAAUACAUUUUCAACUUGAUUGAGAGACUCUUCAACAAUGAAUCACAAAGUGUGGAUCAAACUGUGUUAAAAAGCAGUAGUUUUAACAAGGAUUAAUUCACCCUAUCUUUGGAUCAUUACUGUUAGAUUUUGAAAUAUAUAUAUUAAUUAAAUUUCAAAUUACAAUAUUAUUUUGUGUAUUUGGAGUGA